AUGAUGGAAAAGUCCCAUUAUGCUGGAUAUCUGUUACUGAUGUGUUAUGACGUAGGUGUUCAAGCACAUUUCUUAGUAACUGUUAACCGAUUUUGUGCGGUAUUCAUGCCAAUGGUUUAUAGGAGUUUAUUCAGCGCCAAACUUACCAAACGAGUAGUAUUUACAUCCUUCCUUAUCUCCUUCACCACGCUCACUAUAUUCUUCCAGUUUUUACCCUGUCGUUGCUACUACAGUGAGGAAGACCUCAGCUUCAUCUUCGACGAUUAUCCAAUCUGUUGGGAUUACGACGCCAUAGAUGCGAUUAAAGUCACAUUCCUCGGCGUCACCUGUAAUGGCUUAGUAGUCCUUGCCAUCCUUACCAACCGUACUCUCAAUCACUCAUUUCUAAUUCUCACUGGAAAUCAGGCGAUCUUCUAUUGGAUCUUUGGAAUGGUCUAUGCAAUUUAUAUAAUCCCAAUGCUGGUGUUCGCCAAACUGACCAAACUAAUAGUCCUUACAUCCUUCCUUAUCUCCAUUACCAUUCUCACUAUUUUCUUCCAGUUUUUACCCUGUCGCUGCUACUACAGUGAGGAAGCCCUCGGCUUCACCUACAAAGAUAAUCCAAUCUGUUGGGAUUAUGCGACCGUAAAUACGGUGAAAAUUUUAACGAUGUGUAUUUUUAAUGUGGUAGUUGACACAAUUACUAUCUGGAAAGUGAGAAGGAUAAGGAGUGCCCAGGGGGUGACAAAGAUACAGAAGAAGGAGAUUGAUUUUUUGAAACAGUCCUUCGGCCAAGCUCUAUUCCUCUUCAUCUCCAUCCCUGCUUUAUACAUUGUCCCAUUGUUCACCACUACCCCUCUAGCCAAAUUCGUCAUGAGAACCUUAUUUUGGGCAUCUACUUAUGCUGUCGAUGGAGCACUAACCCUGUAUUUUAAUGUUGAAAUCAGGAAAUCGCUAGCUACGCAGUUCAAGCUUAAUAAGGGAGUUUCCGGACCAACGCAGGGGAUUAUUGGAUUGCUAUAA